AUGGUAAGGAUUCUUAAUGUUCCAAUGGACAUAAUCUUCUUGUUCAGCCAAAUUAAUAUUGUGCUCAUAGUGCUUAUGUGCAAUAUGGGACCAAUAUCAUCAACAGCACAGCCACAGAACAUGACUCUUCCACAUGAUGAGGUUGAAGCCCUUCGUGAAAUAGCUGCACAACUGCAUAAAAAGGACUGGAAUUUCAGAGACCCGUGUAGCAAUGUUCCAACUUUCUCAACCCCACAUACAGAUCAGUACAACAACACUCUCUUCUGCAAUUGCUCCUUCCCUGGCAAUGUGUGCCAUAUCCAAAGCAUUUUUCUUGUGGGACAGGAACUUGAUGGUGUGCUUCCACCAGCACUGGUGAAGCUACCUUACAUUAAGCAACUUAAUCUGGGCCAGAAUUACCUUGGUGGUUCCAUACCGCACGAAUGGACUUCUACGAAGUUGGAAUUUCUGGUUCUCAGCGUGAACAACUUAUCAGGACCAAUCCCUAGCUAUUUGGGAAACAUUUUUACUCUCCAAGCUUUGGCCUUGGAAAGCAACUUAUUUUCUGGAACCAUUCCUCCGGAGCUGGGGAAGUUGAUUAACAUGGAGAUUCUUUGGAUUGGCAGUAACAACUUCACUGGGAAAAUACCGAACUAUUUUCUUAGUUGGAAAGAGCUCGAGAUGUUAGAGAUGCAAGGGAGUGGUCUUGAAGGGCCCAUUCCUCCUAGCCUUUCUGCAUUAACUAAAAUGUCAUACCUGGAUCUUAGCUUCAACAGAUUGAAAGGGAACAUUCCAAAUCUUGUGGAUAUAUGGAGAUUGGCCACAAUAUAUCUGACAAGUAACUUGCUUACUGGGCUUCCGGAGUGGAUCAAAUAUAGAGAUAGUCGCUACAUAAUAGAUCUUUCCUACAAUAACUUUUCAGAGAACUCUGUCCCAACUACAUGUCAAGACAACUUUAAUGUGUUCAAAAGUUUUUCCAGGCAGAACAACUCGAUUCUUAGCCAUUGCCUCAAUCCAUGUUCAAAAGAGCAGUAUUCGGUGCAUAUAAAUUGUGGUGGAAAACAAGCCACCAUUGGAAGCAUCAAAUAUGAUGGUGAUGAAGCUUCAGGAGGUGGAGCAAAGUUUUUUCAUGACACAGGGAAUUGGGGAUUUAGUAGCACUGGUGAUUUUGGGCUUAUGAAUUAUGACCAAGAGUAUAUAGCAAGAAAUAGCUCCAUACUCAAUAUGACUGACUCUGAAUUGUACAGUACAGCCCGAAUAUCUCCUCUUUCUCUCACAUAUUAUGCCCGUUGCUUAGCAAAUGGAAAUUACACUGUGAAACUACACUUUGCAGAAAUAGUUAUCAGAAACAACAGGUCUUAUUACGGCGUUGGAAGACGAAUUUUUGAUGUUUAUAUCCAGGAAAAACUGGUAUUGAAGGAUUUUAAUAUUCAAAAGGAAGCACAAGGGGUUGAUAAGGAAAUGAUAAAGGUAUUUAAAGCAGUUGUCAAUGUUAUGACUUUAGAGAUCCGCUUUCAUUGGGCUGGGAAAGGAACAACUAAUGCUCCGAAAAGAGGAAUAUAUGGUUCUCUUAUAUCUGCUAUCUCGGUGGAGUCUGAUUUCGAACCGCCUGAUGAUAGCAAAAAGAAGAUAUUCAUUGUGGUUGGAGCUGUUUCAGUGUUGUGUCUUAUUUUCAUGACUAUUGGCAUUCUUUGGUUGAGAUGCUGCUUCGGAGGCAGGGCAUCUACUAGGGAACAAGAUCUGAGAGGAUUAGAUCUGCAAACUGGUUUCUUUAGAUUCAAACAAAUCAAAGCUGCCACUAACAACUUUGAUGCUGCAAACAAGCUUGGGGAAGGUGGCUUUGGAGCUGUUUACAAGGGAGAACUAUUAGACGGUACUAUUAUUGCAGUUAAGCAACUUUCUUCAAAAUCGAAGCAAGGAAAUCGUGAAUUUGUUAAUGAAAUAGGCAUGAUUUCUGCCUUAAAACACCCAAAUCUUGUUAGAUUGUACGGAUGCUGCAUUGAAGGAAACCAGUUACUGUUGGUAUAUGAGUACAUGGAGAACAACAGCCUUGCACAUUCUUUAUUUGGUCAAGAGAAAGGUAUACUGAAACUGGAUUGGCCUACAAGGCAGAAAAUAUGCGUAGGCAUUGCAAGAGGUCUGGCUUUCAUGCAUGAGGAGUCAACACUCAAAAUUGUUCAUAGAGACAUCAAAACUACCAAUAUACUGCUUGACAGGGACCUGAACCCUAAAAUCUCUGACUUUGGUUUGGCCAAGCUGAAUGAAGAGGAGAAGAGUCACAUUAGUACCAGAGUAGCUGGAACUAUAGGAUACAUGGCGCCAGAAUAUGCAUUAUGGGGCCAUUUAACUGAUAAAGUAGAUGUUUACGGCUUCGGGGUUGUUGCACUGGAACUUGUAUCCGGCAAAAACAACAUCAAAUAUCGGCCAAACGAGAAUUAUGUCUGCCUUCUUGAUUGGGCGUUUGUUUUGCAACAGAAAGGAAAUCUGAUGGAGCUGGUAGAUCCAAAGUUGGGGUCUGAGUUCAAUAAGGAAGAGGCAAUGAGAAUGAUUAAGGUAGCUCUACUCUGCACUAAUCCAUCACCAGCUCUAAGACCUUCAAUGUCUGCAGUGGUGAGCAUGCUUGAGGGCCGAGCCAUUGUUCAUGAACUGAACAUAAAUCCGAGUAUUUAUUGUGAUGAAAUGAGGUUUAAGUCCUUAAGAGAUGAGUCUAAUCUGAGUGUUCAACAGAGUUGGUGUGAGACUCAAAGCCUCAUUUAUUUAUCGGAUGCAAGAGGGACGACCUCUUCCUCAUCGUCUGUCCAGGAUUUGUAUACAAUAAAUUUUGAUUCUCAAUAG